AACCUCACACUCUCUCUCUCUCUCUCUCUCUCUCUCUCUCCGUUCUCCUCCCCGAAUCAUCGAAUCCCCGAGCGUUUCCCUUCGCCGCUAGGGUUUCUUGCGCUCGAUUGGGGCGGCGACGCGCGGAUUACGGAGGAUCGGAGCGAUUUUUCUUCGCAAUCUCGCGAUUUGGAUGCUCGAAUGGGUGUUUUCGAGUAGGUUUUCGCAAUGUCGGGCUGUUCUCCGUUCGAUUUUGGGGUUUUCGCUUCGAGAGGAGGUAGGUUUCGUGCUACGUUCGCAUUCUUAGGGUUUUGAUGGAGAUCGGAGCUUUUAGGGAUCGAUUUUGUGGUGGGUUUUUUGAGAUCUGGAGGUGUGAUUCGUGUUCCAUGAGGUUUUGGGAGGUGAGAUCUUAGGGUUUUGGAUUUGUUUUUUGUUCCGAUGUCGACGGGAGCUCCGAAGGUGCGGUCCAUUAAUGUCGCGGAAUCGGAGGCGAGGCCGAUCCUCGGACCUGGGGGGAACAAGGCGAGAUCGUCUUCUAUACCUCGGAAGCAUUCCCCGAAGCCGAACAAGGCGGAGGAGAAGAAGUCCUCUUCGCCUUCGCCGGCGCCGCAAAGUGCUCCCUCAGUGUUGCGUAGGCAGGAGCUGCUGCUACGCUCCAACUUUUCAUUGAACGCUUCUUGCUCUUCGGAUGCUUCCACGGAUUCGUUCUGUAGCCGCGCCUCAACGGGGAGGAUCGGGAGGCCGAGCUUCACGGCCCGGCGGAGGCCGAGCUCCGCUAGGUCGGAUAGUAAAGUCCCGGCUAAGCUGGAGAAAGUUGUUCCCGAUGGUGCGUCGGUGCCUCCGGUCGAGAUCUCGACGGUGAAGAGGAGGUGUUCUUGGGUUACUCCAAAUACUGAUCCCUGUUAUGUAACAUUUCAUGAUGAAGAGUGGGGGGUCCCAGUGCAUGAUGAUAAGAAGUUGUUUGAGCUGCUUGUACUAUCAGGUGCAUUAGCUGAACUUACAUGGCCAGCAAUUCUUAGCAAGAGACACUUAUUCAGGGAAGUCUUUAUGGAUUUCGAUCCAGUAUUGGUCUCUCAAUUAAAUGAGAAGAAGAUUAUGUCACCAGGAAGUCCUGCUAGCUUCCUAUUAUCCGAGACAAAGCUCCGCCACAUCAUCGAGAAUGCACAUGAAAUUGUCAAGAUCAUAGAGGAGUUCGGAUCGUUUGAUCGAUACUGCUGGAGCUUUGUGAGCUACAAGCCCAUAGUGAGCAGAUUCCGCCACCCCCGUCAGGUCCCAGUAAAGACUCCCAAAGCCGACUUCAUAAGCAAAGACCUGGUGCGGAGGGGUCUACGUGUCGGGCCGACGGUCGUCUAUUCCUUCAUGCAGGCUUCAGGCAUGACCAACGACCACCUCAUCUCCUGUUAUCGCUAUGACGAAUGCAAUGCUGCUCCCACCGUCGCAGAAUCGAACGAUCAGAACACGAUCAACAGCAACCACAAGGCGGAAGAGAAGAUAAUCGGGAGCGAUGUGGUGGGGCCCGUCGAUUUCGAGCUGUCAGGGACCGUAGACAGGCUCAGCUUCUCAUAGCUAAUAAAGCGAUUGUCUGGUGGUUGUUGGGUUUGUGAAAUUUGUGGCAGCUUCUCCCACCUACUCUUUCUUGAUGGAAGGGUAGUGGAUGGUCCUUUGUGUAUAAUGUUAUGUAAUUUAUGCAGUAGAUCCUCUUCAAUUCAUAGAGUGCAAAAGAACCUUGGUCUAGAGAGAGAAGCAAAGUAGGAUUGUAAAUUCUAAUUGAUGCAUCAGUUUCACCUAAUUCAUUGUAGAGUUAGUUGCCAUGUUUCUUUCUCUUUUUCCAAAAGCUGAAGGUUUUUGUUUUUGUUUU